CUCCUGGUUCCGCGGGCUUCGGAUAACGGACAGAAGCGGCUGCCAAUGAACUCAGCCGAAUAGCAUAGGGGACAGAGCUAUUCCUUAAAGGAACCGCAACCGGUUAGCAGACCAGAGAGUGACCCGGAUGAUGGCGGCCGGCGCGGCCUUAGGCUUGGCCCUUUGGCUACUACUGCCGCCAGUGGGCGUGGGAGGGGCAGGGCCCCCGCCGAUCCAGGACGGCGAGUUCACGUUCCUGCUCCCUGCGGGGCGGAAGCAGUGUUUCUAUCAGUCCGCGCCGGCCAACGCAAGCCUUGAGACUGAGUACCAGGUGAUCGGAGGUGCUGGGCUGGACGUGGAUUUCAGUCUGGAGAGCCCUCAGGGAGUGCUGCUGGUCAGCGAGUCCCGCAAGGCAGACGGUGUGCACACGGUGGAGCCCACGGAGGCCGGGGACUACAAGCUGUGCUUUGACAACUCCUUCAGCACCAUCUCGGAGAAGCUUGUGUUCUUUGAACUCAUCUUUGACAGCCUACAGGAUGAGGAGGAGGUCGAGGGCUGGGCAGAGGCUGUGGAGCCUGAGGAGAUUCUGGAUGUCAAGAUGGAGGACAUCAAGGAGUCCAUCGAGACCAUGAGGACCCGGCUGGAGCGCAGCAUUCAAGUGCUGACUCUGCUGCGAGCCUUUGAGGCACGUGACCGCAACCUGCAAGAAGGCAACCUGGAGCGGGUCAACUUCUGGUCGGCCGUGAACGUGGCCGUGCUGCUGCUUGUGGCUGUGCUGCAAGUCUGCACGCUCAAGCGCUUCUUUCAGGACAAGCGGCCUGUGCCUACGUAGCCUGUUGCUGUGGAAGAACAGGGGAGAGGAGGGGCAGCAGGGCGCAUGCAUGUGAGACAGGGGCAUCCCUGCCCCAGCUCAGUUUCCUACACAAGGGGAGGCUGUGUAGUUCCAGCCCUGAGGUGGGGCACCCACUGUGUCUCCACCCUUUCGGGCCUGGGCGGGGAGCACUGGCUGGCUUGCAGGUGUGGGUCCCUCCGGGAGGAAUGGCUCAGUGGCUGCACCUGUUUUCCUAGAAAUGGUGCAUGGGGGGCACUGCAAGGUUCGAAGGCAACCCUGGGGUUUUCUGGCCCUGCCUCUGUCCCCUACUGUAACGUGCCUUAGCCAGUCUUCCAGUCGGCACCAGCCCUGUGCAGUGCUGGACUGGGCCCAGGAAGCAAACUCCCCGUUGUCUUCCUGCUGGCCCUCCAAGUUAGGUCCCAAUAGGAGGGGGCUGACUGCUACGGGAUCCUCUGCCUGCCUGCCUUCUCCUUGUGGCUCCACCCAAGGCCUGUGCUGCUACCUGGGGUGGCCUGCUGUGCCAGGGGCCAGGGGGAACAAGACGUGGCUGCAGUGUUCUUGCCAGAACAGUCACUUUUAUUGACAGGAAGGGGCCUGGCCCCUCAGCCCAGCGGGGAGUGGGCUGGGUGUGAGGUCUGGUUACAGAACUCGGGGAGCGGAGUCUGCAAGACCACCCGGCCCUCCUGCUCUUCGUGCAGGGGCCCCAGACGGGCCAAGGGAUGGCCCAGCUCAAGCCUGCACAGGAGCCUCCUGGAACGAAGGGUGGUCUGGGCACCAGAAUCAAUAAAUUAUGGUCAGAAAAAAAA